CCAUCACGUUAGUCGCGGUUACUAUUUACUGGUUAGGUACGUUAGUUUUUUACGAGUUUGCGAUUCCUUUGAUAUAGGUGCGUUCUUGAAAUUCUUGAAUCUUGAGAGUUGAGGUUUGACUACAACUGUUGAGCUGUUCACUGAUUAACAUGAAUGUUCAUGAGUUUAUGUUUAUUGUUUUUGUUUUUUGUUUUGCCAAUACCCAAUAGUAACCAUAUACUUAUAGUUGUGAAUUGUGAUUGGAGACUCAGCACUACACUUACAUAAAUUAUCAAUUCAAAAUUGUCCAAUGAUUGUACAAAAUACGUUAAAAUUGUAAUCGAAAUUAGUGUUCAGUAGUUCAAUAGAUAUCGAGUGAAGACAUUUGCUCCAUCUACACCAUUUGUUCGUUUAUUUGAAUAACUGACACUAUGGGUGAAAUCAUAUCAGACCAAGAGCUACGUCGUCGUUUGUUGGUAUUCAAUGCUGUGGUCCCUCCAGUUACCAGUACUACCAGGAAUUUGUUAUUGAAAAAACUUGCAAAUCUUGAGGCUGUACAAUCAGGCAAGACAGCUGCUUCUAGUAGUAUGCCACCGCCAAAAUUAAGAAGUUCGACUAAUGGUACCAAUGAGUCGAUUAUGAUAUCAUCUUCUGGGGAUGGAAAGCAUUCUCAACAUAAGACAUUUGACAACAUGAAUAGUCCUAGGAAAAGCGCUCGUCAACAGAGAAUGUAUAAAGCUCCAGAUCUAUUCGAUAACUCAGAUUCUGAAGUCGAUACUGGCUCUCUAGGACGGUCCAUACUACCUGCUAAUCCAUAUAUAGCUAGUUCUUCUCCUAAAUCAAAUGAAACAUCAUUAAUGAAUGUAUCCAACUGGAAAAAUUCAUAUGACCAUCAAAACACUUAUGUGUCACCAGAAAAAAAAAAUUCUCCAGUUAAAAAACGAGAAAUACCAUCAGAAAAAAUAACAUCCAGAAAUAACUCUAAAGCAACUAUAACAUCAACAGAAGGAGUUAGUCAACAACUACGCUCGAGUUCUGUUCCCAAAACUCUAUCACAUGCCGAUCAAGCAAUACUAAGGUGGAAAGAAAAAAUGAUGAACCAAUCACAAGAAAAAGAUACUGUAUCAAAGCCUUCACUAUUCAAUUCACCAUCUCCUAUUUCAAAAAUAACUUCAAGAAGUUUAAGGAAUAACUAUCAAUCUGCACAGCCAAAAAGUCUAAUAAAUUAUAUGAAAAAUAGUCAACAUAUCAUCUUCCUUUUUGUUGGAUUUUUCGCAAUAAUUUUUGGAUUAUACUUCAUUUCAAUACAACCAACUACAACUGUAUUACCGCCAAGUAUAUUAAGCUCGUUGUGUGCCAAAAAAGGUCUCCAGGGAGAUAACUGUGAUACAGAACAAGAAAAAGUACAACGUUUGUAUAAUUCAUUAGUAUCACAGGUACAAGAUAAAUACAUAAAGAACCAAUGUGAAAAAACAGAUAUUGAGCCAAUUGUAAAUCCACAAGCUGUAUUUGAAUAUAUUUCAACUCAUGAAAAUUUACCAUCCAGGGAAAUUGAAGAAUUAGUUGAACUUUUUAAAAGCAUUGCAAAAACCUAUUCUGAUUCACCGAUUGGAUAUGACACUGCGUUUAAAGUCAAUACACAACCAAAUUUGCCAAUUCUCUGUGCAGUAAAACACAUUUUUUCCAACAUGUUCUAUCUAAUGACAUGGCUUGGAAUAGUGGCCCUGUCAAUUGUAGGUCUUUAUUUUGUUAUAUGCUACAUCUCAACAAAGAGUGAAAACUAUAAGCAGGAAUUGAACCAAUUAGUUGAGAAUACAAUUGAAUUACUAAAAGAACAAGCACAAAAUAAACCAAAUGAAAGUUAUCUACCUAUUAUUCAUAUACGUGAUCAUUUGAUUCCAUUCAAUGAGAGACAAGCAAAAUCUAAAAUUUGGGCUGAAGUAGUUCAAUACUUUACCGAAUCUGAAUCUAGUGUAAGAUCUGAAGUCCAAGAAAUUGAUGGUGAAGACUUUCAAGUAUGGAGAUGGGUUCAACCUAUGUCGCCUGGUAUAUAGUAUGAGUUAUGUUAAAUGAUGCAACAUAAUAACUUUAAUUAAGUGACAAUUAACAUAUGUAAUUAUUUUUAUGAAUAAUUUUGUUUUUACUUAAUGUUUAUAAACCUUAAUAUGUUCAAGCAAUCAAACAUAAAAUAGUUUUAUUAUAUGAACAAAUUUUUAACUGUAAGUACUUCAAAUUUUUUUUAUACUAUUACGUAUUAUUAAUUUUUCAUAACAAAGCAAUGUAUUACUUUAAUAGUAAUUAAUAGCAUUCAUAUUUUUGUACAAAUCAAAAGUAAAACAACAUAGGUAUUAUAUUUUUUGUUAUAUAACUUAUUUGGAAUAAAUUAAACAGAAAUAUCAUA